ACGGAUAGUGGAAGCGGGUAGGAAAUGUGACUGGUAGUAUCACACGACAAGAAAUUGCGAGAGAAAUGGACAAAAGUUUAUUUUAAAAAAACAAAGAUUUAAUAAAAAUGUUGAUUGUAAUGUGUUUAAGUUAAAUUGUUAAUUUUGAAAAUAAGUGUAAGAACACGACAAAAAAAAUCAAACAAAUGUCGUAAAAACUCACGAGUGUCAAAUUGUUAAGUAAAACAUAGACAUAUCAAAGAAUUUUUAUCUUGAAUUGUCGUAUGCAAGUAUUUGUGUAAAAGUUUGCAAAAUAACGAAAACGAUAACAUAAAAUAAUACUACCAAUAUUAAAUCAAAAACAAGUAUAAAGGCGUGCGUGUUUUAUCUUCGACAGGAUUAAUUAAGACAAAUACUACGAGGCAAAAGCCGCUUGAUAAAUGAAUAGCUGGCUUAUCAGUAUGAAACAUACCUGAAUGGGUUCAAAGCUUUAACUUUAAAGUUUAAUUGUUUAAUCUAACAUUCUAUGGUUUGCCGAAUACAAUUCUUUGAUUGUGCAAAAAAUGAUAGUAGAUAGUAAGGGUUGCUAAUGUAGUUUAAGAAAGAAUGCAAAUAUUUACAAGCUAUUGUGGCUUGUCAGUUGCUACUAUAGACGAGUGUCUUGAGGUGCACUAAAAUAUAUGGUUACUUGGUUUGGAUUGAAGAACAGGAAUUUAGUUAGUAGAGUCACUAUAUAAUUUUAAAAAAUAGGAGACGAACAAUUUAAGCAAUGGAAGGGCUGUGUAGGGACAGAUAUACGGAAUUACCAGUGACUUUGUUCAGAUUGGUGACAUGCUCUAUGUGCUAUAAAUAUAUUUUCAAUUACGGGAGUGACCUUCAACCACAUUCCCAACAGCCCUGGACUCUUGUGUCGUUAACAGACAGUGAAGUUUAUACACAGAAUCUAUCCAUUGUUGCUGACAUCAGAAAUGCAACUUCAAGAAAUUUAAUAUGUCAUUCUUUGACAGAAGAAGAAUGUACCAAAUGGACUGACUGCUGCUAUGCGUCGAUAUCGUGCUGUGAUGAACAAUUAAGCUCAUCGAAAAGGAAUAAUUCAUAUAAAAAUUAUUGUCCGCGCACUUGGGACGGUUACAGGUGCUUCAAAGACACUGAACCUGGAAGCAGAACGUAUUUCUCGUGUCCGAGUUAUGUUGCACAUAGUGAUGUGUCGAAAAUGGCGUUUAAAGAUUGUAAUGAAAAUGGAACUUGGUGGGUUGAUCCAACAUCAGGGGCGGAAUGGACGAAUUAUUCAUCUUGUGUUCCAAAAGAUAAUCACAAUGUGAUAAUUUAUGUUUCACUGGCAAGCAACAUUGUCAGCUUGGCCAUGCUGAUACCAGCGUGUGUUAUUUUCAUAGCAAUUAGACAAUUACGUGUACAGAAAAGAAUAAAGCUUCAUAUCAACCUGUUUCUCUCAUUUGUCCUACACUGUCUUGUCCUGAUACUGUGGGAUACAAUAGUCUAUCGUGACAGGCUUCAGAACGAAAAACAUGACACAAUCAUGCAUCGAAAUUCGGGCGGUUGCAAAUUUUUGUAUAUUCUCACUCGAUAUGCAAGCACCGUGAACUUUUUCUGGAUGUCAUGUGAAGGUUUUUACCUCCAUCGAUUAAUCGUUCAUGCCUUUGCAACGCCGAAAUCUUUGACUUUCUACUACAUAUUUGGUUGGGUAGUGUCCUGGAUCCCAGCACUCGCUUAUUCCAUUAUUCGGGCCACGACAAAAGAUUUUGAUUCAGAUUGUUGGAUACACAAUAUUGAUGGAUACGAAUGGUUGUUGUAUACGCCGAAUCUCCUUAGCCUCGUUGUAAACAUUAUAUUCCUUGGGAACAUAAUACGAAUACUGUGUUCAAAACUACAGGCGCAUCCAAAUGAACCUAGUAAUUACAGGAAGGCUUUAAAAGCUACGUUUGUAUUGCUCCCUUUGUUUGGACUUCAGCAGUUCGCAGUAAUUUAUAGACCACACACCGGGACGAAAGUAGAUUUCAUCUAUGAAAUUGUACAGACGGUUUUUAUAAAUACACAGGGGGCUAUCGUGUCACUUAUAUUCUGUUUCCUGAACGGAGAAGUUCAUACAUAUCUCAGAAAUUGCAUUGGUCGUCACACGAAACUGGGGUCAUCAUUAAAUUACAAUAGGAAGAGUAGUAUGUCUUCAGCAACGCAAUUCACAUCUGUUGCAUCUGCUAGAAGGGCAACGAAGCAGUACGAAACUUCAGACUCUGCUGGAUAUAUCCCACUUAGUACAAGCAGCACAGCAAAUGAUAUGUCAAACACAAUCAAGUCUACAAAUGGACACGUAACGUUUGCUACUUAAUACACAUGGACGUUUUUUACAACGCAUGUUACGUUUAAUUGCAAGAGAUAUGAAUAUAAUGAAGAGUUUCUUUACGACAUCGUACAUAACCGGUACUGUAAAAAGACGGUUUUAAAAAAGAAAACGUUUUAUGUUAUUUAUUGAAAAAUAAUUUGACAUGAAUAUAUCUCCAUUUGCAUUUGAUGUAUAUGACUGUAUACUUCGUAGUAUUCGAAAAUGUCGUCGUAUAUUUACGUAGUGUUAUUUCAAAGGCAUUCGUACUAAUUGGUUUUGCAUAAUUUGUAUAUGUGUAUAUCUUGGGGCACAACAAUGUACUUUGGAGUGUCUCGAAUUGUUGUAUAAAGGGACAAUGCAAUAUCGUCAUACGAUCACAUCAAAUUACUCAUUGUAUUUUGUUAUAUAGUUACCAUUGUUGUAUCUUUGACAUAAAUGUCAUGUUAAUUUUGCUAAUAUUUAGUUUAAUAUAAUCAUGUAUAAAUAUGUUUGAAACUAAAAAAUGUAACUAUUCCAUUUUUAAAUUAUCUUUUUACCAAUAAAUCUAUUAUUUUUUAUAAAUAAUUAUAGACUAUCAAACUCUGCCUGAGAUUUUCGAAAACAAGUAUAGUUUUAAAAAAUCUAUGUGUACAAAACAUUUCAUCUAAUGUUAUUGCAAUAUGAAACUAGACCACAUAUUUUCAUUUCUUUUCCUAUAAGAAUGGUAUUUGUUAGUUUGAGUACAUUUAACAACUAUUGAAAUAAAAUGAUUCUGAUUUAUG